AUGUCCCGCCAAUCCAGCAGCGAGCACGGAGACUUCAACUCCUACCCUGAGCCGCCUCAUGGCUUGUUCGCCUCAUCACAGAUGGACAUGAGCAUUCCUACCAGCUCGUACAUGUUUCCCGCGUCCAUGGGAUUUGAACAGGCCACAACCUACGCCGACGCGACACAGUACGUUUACAACGGCCAGCAAUCACCAGGCGUUUUUGAGGAAGGUGACCUCCAGAUGCCACCCUCCAACCACUCCACAGCCUCGGCCUGUUCUUCCAACGCCGGUUCUCCACUCUCCCACCACGGCCAGAUAGGCAUGAAUCCCGAGUGGACGCAACACGGUCUUGGACUCACACCCGGCAUCGUCCCCAGCGACUUCUACAGUGCUGCCGGGACCGAGUACACGUCCUACACCGCACCAGGUAUGGAGGACUUCACUUUCGAGUUCCCGAGCACCAAGCCACACGGCUUUGUGGACCCAUCCCUGAUCCACCCAGAGAUCAGCCGGCCCGUGGCCAUGCCUGGUUACGAGGCCGCUUACCACCACGCCUAUCCCGCGUCUCCCUCCGCCUCCUCCUCACCUCAGCCCGCCGCCCGCAACGCCAGCCGGUCUCCCUUCCUCCAUGAGGGCUACCAACCGCACUACAGCCCCUACAGUGCGCCUCUGGACGGCCGCAGGCCAAGCAUUCACUCGUUCCAGUCUGGGUACUCCGAGGCCGGCAACGCUUACAGCGGCGACGAGACCAAGGAAAAGCAGCGCUGCCCGCAUCCCGACUGUGGCAAGACGUUCAAGGAUCUCAAGGCGCACAUGUUGACACACCAGAACGAGCGCCCCGAGAAGUGCCCCAUCCAGACGUGCGACUACCACGUCAAGGGCUUUGCCCGCAAGUACGACAAGAACCGUCACACCCUCACACACUACAAGGGCAACAUGGUCUGCGGCUUCUGCCCCGGCUCCGGCACCCCUGCCGAGAAGUCAUUCAACCGUGCCGAUGUGUUCAAGCGCCACCUCACGGCCGUGCACGGCGUCGAGCAGACGCCUCCCAACAGCCGCAAGAAGACAUCCGGUGCCAACACGGGCAAGAAGCUGACCGGCUACCCGCCCGACGCCACCGGCAAGUGCUCGACCUGCUCGCAGACCUUCUCGAACGCGCAGGACUUCUACGAACAUCUCGACGACUGCGUGCUGCGCAUCGUGCAGCAGGAGGACCCGUCCGAGGCCAACAACGCGCGGCUGCUCGCCGAGGUGGAGAACGACAAGAAAGCGAUGACGAGGAGGAUGACUUUGGACAUGGACGAGGACGGACGAGGACGAGGCGUCCAAGGACGAGCUCAGUCUGGUCACGCAAGCGCAAGGCGGAGCGGCAUGAUCAGCGGCGCCAUCAAGUCCCGCGGCAUGACCCACUCGCGCGGUGGCGUGCCAGGGCGUGUCGACAAGAGCAAGGGCCGUAAGAGCAAGCAGCAGCGCCCCAAGUCGUGGGACCUCAACAAGGACCUCGUCAAGAUGAAGAAGCGCGUGCUCGGCGUGUUUGACGGUCCUCGCCGCCUGGCCAAAGACGACAUGGUGCUGUCGACGGAGCACGAAGUCCGCAUCAAGCUCCAAGACGGCAAGUCGUACGUCACGGACCUUGACAUGUUCACCGUCAUGCGCGCCGAGGGCUUCCACGGGGCCACGGACGCAGAGAAGGGUGCCUGGGUGUCAGACGACCCGACCCCGGAGCAGUACCAGCAGAUGCAGGCCCUGCUCAAGCAGGAGUCGGUCGAAGCGUGA